AUGUCCUUGAUCACAGAUACAGAUUAUUUGAUCCAUCGUCUUCGGUUGUCUUACCUUCGCGAUGUAGACGACCCCUACGGCCCGCGCGUAAUAUCGCUCGACCCAUCGUACCACAACAAUCCGUACAUCGUUGCUUCAGGCCUCGCAGACGCAGACCGCUGGCCGGAGAUUGCAGCGCCACCCAGCCCUCCACUUAGCGAAGAUGAAACCGACCGGCCCUCUGGCUUUCCCGGAGCGAAACUCAAGUAUACUCGGACGAUAAUGGGAAACAAAUCAGGAGCAAUAGGCUACAGAGUACAUGGAAAGCGGCAGUCGGAGUCAAAGAGGAUGUCCGGAACCCCCAAGCAAGAAGAUGUGCAGAACUUUAUGUCGGCUGGUGCGCCCGUUCAGGACGUUCUGAAUAACGCGGCACCCAUAAGCAGCAAUCUCAACCAGCAGGGGGCGAAUGGGAACUGGGCUCCUGCAGCUGUUCUGUCAAAGUCCGUAGACGGAGCUGAGCCCACGCCUGCGGAACCUGUUCCGCCUGCGCCGAAAGUGGUGCAGUUUAUUCCCAAAUUCAAAGGAGCAGCAGAAAUGGAGGCCAGGCGCAAGGCAAGAAUGGUGGCUCGACGGCAGGCACCCGGCGCUGCGAAACCGCCCCCAUUGGCGAUCGACUCAUCUGACGAAGACGACCCUCCUCCACCUGUAGAAGAGAGUCUUGACGAUAGUGAUGUUGAUUCGGAUUUUGGUGUGCCCGCCAAUAUCGAUGAGGAGGAUGAAUUUGACCCCGAUUUCGCAGCCUCACGAACACCAGGGAUCAAUUCCGAUAGCCCGUCCGAUGUCAACUCAAUACUGUCCAGUUCUAUUCCGUCUACCUCGAAUUCCUCUGUCCCGAUUUCCCCCCCAGCCCCCCAGCCAUCCCGAAAAACCGAUAUUAACCUUACUGUCCCAUCAAUCCGUCCACCUCGCCUGCGUUCCAAGGCUUCUGCCAAUCUUGGGUCGUCAAACACACAUUACACUAAAGCAGGCGAUUCGGACCGGUACUACCCCCCUCGCAAACUAGACACAGGUGGUCGGAUGCGUGACUCCUCCCAGACUACCGAAACCACCGCUCCCCCUUCUCAAGACGUGUUCUUUGCAAGGCGCCCAGUAGCACCGAUAAAACCUCUCAAAUCGGCAUUGACUGCUAUGCUUGCGUCGACCGCCGGGUCAACGAAUCCAUUCGCGGAACUCUACGCUGCAAUAUCCGGCCGAGCUGAGACUGCCUCAAUAACCCUGCAAGUAUAUUUCCCGCAUUCGCAACAGCCAGACAAGCCCAUGCAGUUAGUAGUGAGGAAGGAUGCAUCAGUGGAAGAAGUCAUAGGCUUCGCAUUGUGGAGCUACUGGGAGGAAGCCUGGUUGCCUAAACUCGACGAAGGACUAUCUGGAGAAGACGACCCAAAAUGGAGGAUUCGGCUUUCCGCUAUUGGUUGGAUAAUGCGGCUGGCUGAAGAGGAUGGCGAAGUGGACGAUGACUUUCCUCCUCCGGAUCGCAAUGGGAAGAUUCUCAAGUUCAAGGAUGCAGACGCCUUCGCUAUACUCGAAGCGUCACAUGCCCAAACACAACAAAAUGAGAUUUUGGAGGGGAAGAUACAGCGCAGGCCAUCUAGAACUACUGCUGCCGCUCGCAAGGUCUCAGAUAAGCCGCCACCUGCAAGUCUGGCCGUUCCUACCCCUAGCGGAAGCAAUCCUAUCUUCGGUUCCAGCUUUUCUUCUGCGCCUCUGUCUACGUCCCUUGGCCCGUCGUCCUAUGGCCCUCAAAUAUUCUUGCGCAUCAGAGUUGCUGAUACUGCUGACGCUGUCCAUAUCUCCACCACCAUCAAUGUCUCUGCUGGCAUGUAUAUGCAAGAAGCUCUGGAGCUGGUGUGUCGGAAAAGAAAAUUAGCAAACCCCAACGACUAUGUUCUGCUCGUGGCGGAUAAGAGUUUGGUCAUCGCUCUCGACCGAACGGUCGCCAGUUUGGCGGGGACACGAGAACUCGUUCUGAUGAAGAAGAGUGCCCUAACCGAACUGGGGGGUGUUAUGGAACCCGGACGCACUACGGAUCCGAAUGCUUCCAUUUUCAAGCGCAUGUCUGAUGUGCCAGAGACGCAGUAUCCUGCUACGUCAGAGUAUGACCUGGCUUACAAGAAAUACACAAUAUACCGCAAGAUGCCUAUGCUAGUGACCAGACAAGAGCGUACCCUUGCUAUUGAUGGCGUGUAUCUCCAUAUCAUGCCGUCAGCAAACAAGGCGAAGAAUGUAUUUGACAGCGGAAGGACGCUGUCCUAUCACAUUAAAAGCAUCGCCGACUGUCAGCAAUCCACUAAGUCUUCCUCAAUAUUCAGGCUAGUUGUCAAUCGCUCUUCCGGCAAGAAGCAGUACGACUACGAGGCGGAGAGCCCCAAGUACGCUAAUGAAAUUGUCCAAAAAGUCAGGGCGUUGAAGUCGACGGUAGAACGCUCGGGGACCGUAAAUAGAUCACGAAGGAGUAGGCACGUUAUCUAG